AUGCGACGCCUUUCGAAUUCGAAGCUGGGUCUCGACGCGUCCGACUGGCCAGGAGCCACGCCGAGCGGGAAGUGUCAGGGGUUAGUGGCCAGGGUUAACUGCAGCAUGAUUGGGCCAGAGACUCUUCAAGGGCCCGUCCGUUGGCCCAGUUGCGCGCUUCAACCGGCAGUGCCGGCGGCAACGGUGCACCGCCCUGAGGCGUUUCGGGAGGUUUCCCGUCCCUUCAUCCACAUCUCAGGAAAAGCAAGCAGCGCUCAAGUGCGGCCACCGGAUAUUCCCAUGAACUGGACGGAAGGCAAUCUAGCUCGGCACUCCCGAGGUGGCCGUGGCAAGGAGCUGCUCCAACGACAGAAGCAACAUUUUGCCAAGGUGAGGUCCGGAUACUUUAACAAGCACAACGACCCGCCAAGAUCCCUCCGGGAUGAGAUGAGAUUGCCUGCAGACCACGUUGGCCGGCACAGGCAAAGACAUGAGCCACCUGUCUUGAAUGAGGUCGACCGAGGUCAAAAACGCGCAAGGGCCUCACAAACGCAAUGCCGGGACCCUCCCGGGAUCACUACAGAAGCUGAACAUUUUCAUAAUAUCUCCUCAUUUGCACUAUCACCAGUGCAUGUUCAGGGAUCUGCAGCUAAACGGCUGAGGCUGUUGAAUAAGCGGGAUUGGACCGGUGUGGAAGUGCAGAAGCCGUCUCAAUUGCAAUUUAGUCAACGCGAGCAAAAUGUCUGUUCACCCCCUCAAUCCAGAAAAGAGUAUCGCCGCCAGCGGCCCCAGGUGCCAAUACGCCAUAUCUUGGGCGAACGAUACGAUGCACUGGUGAAGGGCAAACGACUUUCUUGUGGGACUCAACCAAAGCCGGAUUCUAUACGCAUCAGGGUCGGCAGCCAAGAUAUGCGCAUUGGUGGCAGCUCUGUGACAGUCCGCCCAAUAUCUGAAAAACGUGACUCAACAGCCUCUCCUCGCCAUAGCAGCAGGCAUCAGACCAACAGUGGCUACUUUAGGUCUUCUUCUCCGCGCGAGUCCCGCUCCGGUCGUCUCCGUCCUGCAAGAUCUAGCAGCGAACGCUCGAUAUCGAUCAACCCCGACGGUGGCAGGGCGCAUCUCUGCCGUGGGGUGAAGCUAGGGACGCACUCUUCAUCGCCGUCUUCUGGGAUUCUGCAGCCUGUUCCAUGCCGAAUGCACAAUAUCAUUUUGGAUCCACUUCUUAGAAGUUGGUCUCCCAACUCAGACGCUGACGACAGUCUCACAGCCCAGAUUGGCCGGGCUCGCCCAGUUGUUCUUCCUGAGCUGCAGGAGGAAAACAAUAGAUGGGUGCAAUUAAUGUGCCAAUCUGAUAGCGGACUGUCUACUGAUGCGUUGCGACCGCCCAAACUUGCAGGGCUGAAUGCUGAGGAGUCAAACACUCCACACUUGUCAGCCGAAGCGACGACUGCACUCUCAGCUGGGCCCUCGAAAUCAGAAUCUAGACGCUCGCCAGAGGAUCAGGCAACUGGGGACCCGGAAAUUACUGAACCGUUCAAUGCCGUUCGCCAUAGCCCGGGGCCGAAGCAUGGAUCAACCCCCGCAUCUUCUGAGAAAGAAUUGCGAGAAACAGUACCGCCUCUGGCUUCGGAGCCUUCUGCUGACCGACAGAGAUCUAUUGUGAACGAUCGCAAGGGUGAAUACGAUGCUUGGAUCAAGUCCUUCUUGUCUUCAGAAGGUAGUGAUAACAGCUUCAAUCAAAAAGCUCUCAACGAUGCCCGACUUGAUGCAGUACAAGCCAUCCAAUGCACCAGGUCGAAGAAAGUCCCGUCUGCAGAAGAUAUGCAUGAGGGAGUGAUCUGCACGAACCCGCUGGUAGGAGUUGUAUCCUCCGUCAGAACUGCGGCGAGCCAUAUAGCAACAGAUGGCUCAGUAUACUCAUCGAUGGAGCCUGAUUCAUUGUCUCUUAACAGCACUGAGGAAAGGAGGGAAUUUCGGCCAUCCGUCAACAUACAAGCAAACAGAUGGGUCUCCGCAGAUAACCCAGAGAGUGAUUCUGAAACCCAUGAGUGGAAGCAAGACAGACCAUCGUUCUACAACACGUCGAAUUGUUUGGCGAAUGAAAGCCCUUCGGUACAAGGUACGGUCAGUCACAAGGAGCUUGACGUGAUGUCUGACGCCAGCAUGAAAGGUAAUGCUCCGGCCUCAACCACGCACACUAUACAAGAGUCAUUGAUUCGUGGACCUGCCUUGGCCUGCAACAUUGGCUCUGUUGUUGCCGAGCCAGCGCAGUCAACUUCUUCCCAGGGUCAUAGUUCCGGGUUCAAGUUCGCAACUCCCAAACUGUUUGUCGGUAAACGGGCAACUCAGCUGGUCUCUAUGACACCUAAGCCUGCUACUGUUGCUACUGGGCGCGGUCGGAAGGGGAGAUCGCGAGGUGACAAACUUCGGAGGGAGAGCCCCGGGAGAACCAGCAUUCGUCACCUUCCGAACUAUGACGGUGAUCCUAUUGAAGAAUUCAGUGAUGAGGUAGAUCUCAUUGUCUGUCCGAAAUCGCCGCCAUUGUUUGGGGCGUUGCAGACCGAGUGA